GGAUUUGAGGCAUGUUCCCCAUAUCUCCUAUGUAAUGCCCGGAAUGGACGAUGAUUACAUCUUGGCUGGGAUUAGACCUCCCAUUCCAGUGUAAGAUCAGUACCGCUCUGCCCUUGACCAUUGAACCACCAUUGAAGGCUCUAGCCUUGCCAUCACCCUGAGUGUUAGUUUGUUGACAUAUCAGUUGACUUGGGUGCUGCUGCUACUGUUGCGUGUUGAGAUGAGUGCAUGCAUGUCUACUAGUCCUGGUCUGGAUUGACUGAAGUAAGAAGAUUGGACUUCUUGCUUUCUGAGCUUGGAAAUCCACCCCAUCUCUCCCUUGCUCUCUGGGUUGGAUCGCUUAGAACCCUCACACACUCACGCCCACCCACCAUGUCUGUAGAAACCAUGAAUCGGCCCUGCGAAACGCCGGGUUGCGCCAAUCCCGCCAAGCUCCAGUGUCCCACGUGCAUUAAACUCAGUAUACAGGGCUCGUUCUUCUGUUCCCAGCCUUGUUUCAAAGGCUCCUGGGAGCUGCACAAGGCCUUGCAUAAGUUGGCCAAAGCCGGGGAUCAGACUUCUCAAAACAGUAAGCGAGCGGGUUUCAAUCCUUGGCCGGGUUACAUGUUCACGGGUCGUUUACGGCCGGCCGAGCAGAGUGCCAAGCGGUUCGUACCCGAUACCAUUCCGCGCCCGGAUUACGCCGACCAUCCCGAAGGAUUUCCGCUCUCCGAGCAAAAGCUCAAGGGCAACACCUACAUUCGGCAAUUAGACGACCACGAGAUCGAAGGUCUGCGGGUGGCCUGCAAAUUGGGUCGUGAAGUCUUGGAUGCCGGGGCUCAGGCCGUGGAAGUGGGCGUGACCACCGAUGAGAUCGAUCGGAUUGUGCAUGAAGCCACAGUCGAUCGGGAAUGUUAUCCUUCGCCGCUGAAUUACUACCAGUUCCCCAAAAGCUGUUGCACUUCCGUGAAUGAAGUGAUUUGCCAUGGCAUCCCCGACAAACGACCCCUUCAGGAUGGUGAUAUUAUCAAUAUUGAUGUGACGGUGUAUCAUCGAGAGUUUCAUGGCGAUCUGAAUGAAAUGCUGUUUGUGGGCACGCCCAGUGACAAAGCCAAGAAAUUGGUCAACAACACCUGGCAGUGUUUAGAAAAGGCCAUCGCUGAGUGUGUCAAACCUGGUGUCAAGUAUCGCGAAGUGGGCAAUGUGAUCCAAAAGCAUGCCCAAAGUGAAGGGUUCUCCGUGGUUCGAAGUUAUUGUGGUCAUGGGAUUCACAAGCUAUUUCAUUGCGCCCCCAAUGUCCCUCAUUAUGCCAAAAAUAAGGCCGUGGGCGUCAUGAAGCCUGGUCAUGCAUUCACCAUCGAGCCCAUGAUCUCUGAAGGUGUCUGGCAAGAUCAAACUUGGCCGGAUAAUUGGACCGCUGUCACUCAGGAUGGGAAACUCUCGGCUCAAUUCGAGCAGACCAUGGUGGUAACGGACACGGGUGUUGACGUGCUUACGGCUCGACCUGGAAAACGACACGUGCCUUAUUUCAUGGACUCGAUUUGAGGUUCGCCACCCGCGUCGAGAUCCGAUUAUCUUGAUGAAUAUGAAGAAAAACAAAAGAGAGAAAGUGUUGAGGAUGACUAUCUGCCCGCAAGGUUAUCCGCAUUCAUUCGAACCUGUAGGGAGAUCUAUUUUUCUCGCAUCACCGUGUCCAGCGAUCCUAAACGCGUUUGUUAUCUCAUCUCGACCACUGAAGCCACGUCAUAUGCAGACUCGAAAUACACUCAAUGUCAUAUAUGCUGAA